AUGGCUUCAAAAGCUAGCGUCGCAUCUUUCGCACUCCUCCUCACUCUCAAUCUGCUCUCUUUAUCUUUGGUUUCCUCUUGUAGCGAUUGCUACGAUCCGUCCAACCCUACACCUACACCUUCACCUUUACCUUCAUCCGAGGAGGGAAAACGAUGCCCCAAAGACACUCUUAAAUUCGGUAUUUGCGCGAAAUUACUCAAAGGUCGGACCGACGUUGCCAUCGACAAGCGACCGGACACUCCAUGCUGUAGUUUGAUGGAAGGGCUUAUAGAUCUUGAAGCUGCUAUAUGCCUUUGCGUUGCUAUGAAAGCUAAUAUUUUGGGCAAGAAACUAAACAUCCCCCUCUCUCUCACCUUGAUACUCAGUGCCUGCAAUAAGAAAGUUCCAAAAGGCUACCACUGCUAA